CCCCGACGGGCCCGCGGGUUGGCUGCCCCGGGCCAGCCCGGCCCGGCCCGGCCUGGCCGGCAGCCGCGCCCCCGGCCCAAAAUAGCGCGGGGCGGGAUCGGCAGCGCCAUGGCGAGGCAACCUGCAAAGACUCUGUGGUACGACCGGCCGCGGUACGUGUACCUGGAGUUCUGUGUCGAGGACAGCACGGACGUGAAGGUCGUCAUCGAGGACCAGAGGCUGGUGUUCAGUUGCAAAAACGCAGAUGGUGUGGAGUUCUACAACGAGAUCAACCUGUAUGCCAGGGUUAACUCCAAGGACUCAAGGGAGAAGCGCUCUGACCGCUCCAUCACCUGCUUUAUGAGGAAGUGGAAGGAGAAAGUGGCCUGGCCACGCAUCACCAAGGAGAAUAUCAAGCCAGCCUGGCUUUCCGUGGACUUUGACAACUGGCGAGACUGGGAAGGGGACGAGGAGGUGGAGAGGGCCAUGGUGGAGCAGUAUGCAGAGAUGCUGGAGAAGGUGACAGAGAAAGGCCCCCCGCCAGCCAUGGAUGACUUGGAUCCGGAUGAUCGCGGCCUCAUCGGAGAUGUGCCGGUGCUGCGCGUCACCCGGCAGGGCCCCGAGGCCGUGCAUUUCGUGCCGGCCGCGCUGGAACCGGGCGCUGAAGUGCUGCUGUCGCUGGACUGGGAUCGCCGCUUCGACCACAUGCAGCAGCAUUCAGGACAGCAUCUCGUCAGUGCCAUUGCAGAACAAAUGUUUGGGUUCAAGACGACUUCAUGGGAGCUGGGCCGUCAGCGAACUGUCAUUGAGCUGGACACCCCCUCGGUGACAGCAGAGCAGGUCGAGGCCCUGGAGAAGAGUGUGAAUGAGAAGAUCCGGGAUAGGGUCCCUGUAACAGUGAGGGAACUGGCUGCAGAUGACCCUGAAGUUGAAACAGUGAAGAGCCGGGGGCUGCCCGAUGACCAUGUGGGGCCAGUGCGUGUGGUGGACAUCAAAGGCAUUGACUCCAACCUCUGCUGUGGGACUCAUGUCAGCAACCUGAGUGACCUCCAGGUUAUUAAACUCCUUGGCGUGGAAAAAGGGAAAAAGAACAAAACCAACUUGGUUUUCUUGGCGGGAAACAGAGUGCUGAAGUCAAUUGAACAAAGUCACAGUACUGAGAAGGCUCUAAUCUCCCUGCUCAAAAAUGGACCAGGUGAGCAUGUAGAGGCUGUGAAGAGACUGCAGAGCUCUGUGAAACUGCUCCAGAAGAAUAACCUGAGCCUACUUAGAGACAUUGCUGUUUUGAUAGCCCGAGACUUCAAGAACAAACCUGCUUCAAAGCAGCUGUUUGUAUUGCACAGGAAAGAGGGUGAUUCUGAAUUUAUGAACAUCAUCGCUAAUGAGAUUGGGACAGAGGAAACCCUGUUAUUCCUGACUGUGGGAGAUGAAAAAGAAGCAGGACUCUUCCUUCUAGCUGGACCUGUUGAAGCAGUCGAAAAUUUAGGUCCCAGGGUGGCAGAGCUGCUGGUUGGGAAAGGAGCUGGGAAGCGCGGCCGCUUCCAGGGCAAGGCAGCCAAGAUGAGCCGGCGAGGAGAAGUGCAAGCUCUGCUCCAGGAAUUCAUUAGCCAUCAAAACCCUGGAGCAUAAGAAACAAUUCUCAAAUUAGGUUUGUCUUCCUUUUGUUUGCAUAGGCUCCACUAGCUUCUCUGCCACAGAAUAAAGACCUGAACCCAACAGCUGGUGUGCACAUGCUCUGCGUGGGCUGGUUUGGUGCUCAUGGAAAUGGGGAGGGGAUCUGCUUUGCUGCAAGGGCUCAUUUCUCAAGACAAAUGGUACAGGGAUAAAAGUAGUCCUUAGUUAACCACUUUGUAGGGUUCCUAAACCCAGAAGAGGCCUCCUGCUGGCAGUACUUCGGGGCAUUUUGCUUUGCUCCAGUUGCUGAGGAUGAAUUGCUUGGCACAAACGCUCAAGCAGGAGGCAGCUUGUCCCCCCGACACCUUGGGCUGGGCAAGGGCAGAGAACAGCUGGAAGGGAGAGCAGGUGCCCCACAGGCAGGACAUCAUUCCUCACCACGUACAAGUCCUUUCUGUUGGUGGGAUGCAGUUAUUACUAGUAAUUUUUUGACCAUGGGCAGUUUCUGGGGCUGAUGCAGCUGUAAACUCCCUCGGGAUCAGGCAGAGCUGUCCCCGGUGUUCCCUGAGCUCACCUUUCCUGCCCAGGCAGGCCCUGGAGCUGCUGCAGUCUCCUCUGGAGGAACUAAAGGGCGCUGUGGAGCCACAACAGGGCAACAGGUAAUCCGAGAAUUUACCCUUCCCCUGCUUGCUAGAAAUGGCAUGACAGGUUUACUCCAGAUGUUAGUAAUAAACAGAGAAACAGAAUAAAAGAAACCUCCAUCCUAAGGGAGUUUAUCUGUAAUGAGCAAGGGGAUGGGCGCAGCCCCAACAGAACCCAUGGCUGCUGUGACUGCUGCAUGGCCACAGGCUUGGCUGAGCUGUUGGGAUGGCAUCAGAACACAGGAACCACCACUGAGGCCUGGAUCUGGCUUUGGGGUCAGAGCUGCAGGGACUGGUGCUUUGGGAGCGAUCCUGCACAUACACACAGAGUCUGGCAGGAAGAAAGUAUCUGCACCUCCCUAUCUGUUUUGAACUAUCUCAGAGUGAGUGAAGAUGUUUUCUGAGAAAGUUGAUAGCUGGGCUGUACAGCCUGCACAGCUCGGAGGGCAGCAGGCUGAGCCCACAGGACUUCUGCUGCAGAGGGAGCACUGGGCUGGGGUACUGAGGUGGGAGGGGCAUGAUCCCAACCCCACACCACAGCCAAAUGCCAGUUCUGUCCCCAGCACCCUGGGGGCUCAGCACAGUCCCAGUUGAGCCAGUUGAUCCCAAAGCUGAGCUUGGUUCUGGAAGCAGUGAGGUAACAAGUUUUCCCUGUUCCUGGCACAAAGUGUACCCAGAAACUUUGGACAAAGAGCACAAAAAGCAGCUCAUUGCCACCAUGUGCUGUCAGUGUUCAACUGGUAAAGACCCAGGGCACUGGGCAGUGCCCUUCCCAGUGGCUUGAACGUGUCUUGCAGGUGUUGAGGGUCUUCAGCACCCAGGAGAAAUGUCCUUCCUCUACCAUCUGCAGGCCAUGCCACAGCCCUGCAUCCAGAGCUGAUCCCUCAUCCCAUGGUAUUGGCCAGCAGGACACUCAAACUCACCAGCUAAACAACCUUCAUCUUUAAUAAAAUACUCCUGUGCACAACCCCACCCCAUGUCAUGUAUGCACAGGUACAUGUUAUGCCUGUACACAUGGGCGUGUGUGCACCCCACACUGCAUCACACAGAGGUGAACACCAAACAUCCCAGGGCUGGGGGGUCCCUCACACUGCCACUUUUAUCUCCAUGUCACAGUACCUGCCCAUUCUUGUCACAGAGCUGCCUCUUCAGCAGCCCCCAGGCAUGCUGACGUGAGAGCCCUGCUCCCAGUGGUGCUGUCCCCAGCCCUGCAGUGUGGAAGUGCCCUGUCCCCACGAGCUGCAAGGGAGUGCAGGACCUCCCACUGCUGCUGCUGGGUCCUGGGGAGGUGACCCUCACGUGUGGGUGCAGGAGGGACAGCAGGGGAGUGUUGGGCACACAGGGCUCUCUGUGCCAUCAGCCAGCCACAGACCAGUGUGACUGACAGCGUGGGUCCGUGUUGUAGGAGCCACCCAGCAGCACCAGCCCAACCU